UUCAACACUCUCUCUUUUUACAGUACCUGGUACUACUAUACUAGCUUGUACUAGUACGUACUUGGAACUCAUUUCAUCAUCUUCUUCUUAUAGAAACUAAUUCGGACUAGAAUAUACACUAGAAUUAUCGAUACACUAGAAUCGUAACCAUUAACGAUUAAUGGGUAGACAUUCUUGUUGUUUGACACAAAAGUUAAGGAAAGGUUUAUGGUCACCUGAAGAAGAUGAAAAGCUUUUCAAUUACAUUACUACAUUUGGUGUUGGAUGUUGGAGUUCCGUUCCUAAGCAAGCAGGCUUACAAAGGUGUGGAAAGAGUUGUAGAUUGAGAUGGAUCAAUUACUUAAGACCAGAUGUUAAGAGAGGAAUGUUUUCACAAGAAGAAGAAGAUUUGAUUGUUAAUCUCCAUCAACUCUUAGGAAACAGGUGGGCUCAAAUUGCAACAAAGCUACCUGGAAGAACUGAUAAUGAGAUAAAAAACUUUUGGAAUUCAUGUAUAAAGAAAAAACUCAAACAACAAGGAAUCGAUCCGAAUACACAUAUGCCAUUAAGUGAAACCAAAGAGUGUGGUAAUGAAAAUCUUCAAACAUCAUCAACCGAAAUGGGCCAAGCAAUGGUGAUCAACAAUUCGAGCGUGUUCCGCAAUCGACUAAUAAGCACUGAUCAAGCUCAUUAUCCAGAUGAAGAUUUCAUGAAUAAACAAGUUUUCGAUCCAUUUUCUAGCUUUGAAUCACAAAUGGGUUCUGAUCAAACAGGGAGUAGCAGUAAAUCUAGCAUUUUAUCUCAAUAUCAUAGUGAACAAAGUUAUAGAGAUAACUAUGAGUUUGGGUUUUCGCCAAUGCCGAAUUUGACUUAUGACUGUGAUCAUAGUAAUGACAUGACAGACUCGAUGGCGACAGACAUUUCUGAGAGUUCGAGUUCGAGAAUGAGCAACUUGUUCUUGAACGAAACUAAAGAAUGUUCUGGUAGUAGUAGUUGCAAUGUCUUGAACAUUCAAGACAAUGAACUACACAUGAUGGAUAACAAUAUGAUGGAGAAAUCAGCUUUUUCUUGGGACAUAACUGAGGAGACUAAUAAGUUAGAAUCUACAUUUCAAGAGUUUCAGUUCAAUGGGGUAAAAUCUGAAGAAGUAGAAGAAGAAGAAAUGAAGAUAAACUCCUGGGAAGUAGAGGACCAUACACAACACGGACGAAGUUAUAGUUCGGAAAAUUUGGUUAACUUUCCGUUGACGUCGCUAUCUGAAGAUCUUGAAUAUUUUGAACAAAUUUAAUUGUCUGCAAGAUCCUCUUAAAAACUUUUCAUCUAUUCUUCUAAAUUACUUUUUCUUUGCACUUUUUGGGAUUUCCCCUACUGUUUUUUUUACAGUGGCAUAUAAAUACAAUCUCUUCUUUUCAUUUUCAUUUACUUUUCCCUUUUCCUG